AACUUGCAACACCGAUUUCGCUACCCCGAGCGAUUAUAGGGAGGUGUUGUGUUCAUACCGUUUCCCAAAUCUCAGAUGAAGCAUGAGAAGUGCAAAUCUUGGCUCCGAUUGUGCGGACGGCCUAAGACAAGUAUCAACUUAACGAGGAGAUCCUGUGGUGUCCUUCUAAAGGAAAGCAUUUUUUAUUUAUGUCUGCUCAAAAAUCCCGUUCAAUGUACAGUACAUGUAUCAGCAACGACGCACUCCGCCGCAUAUGAAGGCUAUAUACGAAAAAGUUUAGACAUUCAAAAGAAAUGCUCACAUUUUUUUUCUAAGCAAAUCCCUUGCGAAAUCUUUUAUCAGAACAUGUGCUAGACAUCACUUCACUGUGUUAUCCCUUUAACAUGGCAACGUAAAGUAGAGCAUCAGACAUUACCAGUAUGUUUCAGAAGCUACACUCCAUAUCAUUUAUCGUUUUCCAUCUGUUGAUUAACCGGACAUCAGGUACGUUGAUAGAGAUUUCUGCCCAGGACAGAUGUGAAGAAAUGUUGUACAUAAAUGAUGAUAGUCAAUUCAGUGUUGCUUGGAACAACGAAAAACAGCCACAAGGCUGUUGUGAAGUCCGGUUUGUUCAAUCGAAAGAAGACAGCAUUAUUUGUACAAAAGCAACAGAGUUUUCAGUUGACUGUAAUUUUGAGCUGAGAAUUACAGAAGGCCUCGGGAUUAUACCAAGAAAGAAAUUUACUUGUCAGCACAACACAAGUACUGUGGAAUACUGUUCCCAGAAAGGUAUAAACGUCAACAUUGAUUUUUGUACCUUUGUGCCGAGACCUUCAUCAAUGGUAGCACUCAUUGUAAAUCAAACGAAGUCGAAAGAACGACGUAACCCGCUUUUGUCACCGGUCGUUGCAAAGAUUGUUCUCAGUGGUUCGGCAAUUUUUGUUCUGUCAGUGUCAUCUGCAUGUAUUUUUAUAAGGCGUGCCGUGUUAUUGGGAAGCCAUGGAUUUGGACGUACAUCAAAGACCACCACGGUAAUGAAGUCAGCCGAUGGCGCUUUAACAGAAACUUCAGGCAUGUUGACCGGUGAGGGAUCACACCAGGAGACGAAUCCAGAUAUUGUGUUGUAAAUUCUGCCUAAAUUCAAGAUAUAUCAUGUAAAUAUUUUUUCAACUAGUCCUUAAAUGUUGGAAAAACAAGUUAAAUUGGUCUAGAUCAGUUCAUGUCAACAUGCUUAACAAAAAUAGCUGGGUUGUAAGUUGUCCUCUGUUGUGUUUUGUACUGGGGGAUAUUAUUAUUUUACAGAAAACACAUCCAAUAAAUCCAACAGAGAAAUUGAA